CGCACACGAAGGGAGGAAGGAGGUGGUGGUGGUGUGUGGUGGUGGGCGGGAGCGAUAGCCGACGCAUUUCUUACUUAAAAGAGCUUCCUCGCCGUUUGGGGAGGGUAAAUCGAGGUUUUUGCACGGAAGACUUGUGUCACCACCACUACUACCAACACCACCAUCCCUACAAUAACGUGAACGCAAAGGAGGAGGCUGCCACCACCACCACCACCACCCUCCCCCACACCUACCUCGUUACAAUGGGAGACGAUCUGUAUCAUUUAGACUCGAACUUGGAAAUGCUGGAGCAGUAUAACACCGUGGACAUUCGUGCGUUCCACGAAUUCGAGGUUCCGCAACCCGUCGUAAUUGGACCUUACCUGCAAAUAACAGAGGAGCCUAAACAGAGAGGUUUCCGCUUUCGCUACCCCUGUGAAGGCCCGUCGCACGGAGGGCUGCCCGGUUGCUCGAGCGAGCGCAACAAGAAGACCUUCCCCACCGUCAGGAUCUGCAAAUACCUUGGCCUAGCGAAGGUGGUGGUGCAGCUGGUCACCGAGAAUGAACCAUACCGCCUGCACCCCCACAGCCUGGUGGGCAAGAAUGCUGAGAACGGUGCCGUCAGCUGCACCGUGGGCCCGCACGACAUGACGGCGAUGUUCCCCAGCCUCGGUGUGCUGCACGUCACCAAGAAGAGCGUGGCAUCUGUACUGGAGAAGUUGUGGUCGGAUGCGCAGAUCUCCGGGCUGGCCAACAUUGGCAACAUCGUUCUUGAGAGCGGCUUCCACAACGUCCACGCGCGGGACCUGACGGACACGGAGGCGCGGCAGAUCAAGAACGACGCGCAGCAGGGUGCCAAGACCAUCGACUUGAGCGUGGCGCGCCUCAUGUUCACCGCCUACCUGCCCGACAGCAACGGCGUCUUCACCCACCGCCUUGCCCCCGUCUUCUCCAACCCCAUCUACGACAGCAAGGCUCCCAAUGCCAACAACCUGAAGAUCGUGCGCAUGGACAAAACGUCGGGCUGCGUGACGGGAGGCGACGAGGUGUACCUGCUCUGUGACAAGGUGCAAAAAGAGGACAUCCAGGUGCGAUUUUUUCACGACGAUUGGGAAGCUUGGGGAAAUUUCGGACCGACGGAUGUUCACAAACAGUACGCCAUCGUGUUCAAGACGCCGCGUUACUGCAACGUGGACAUCAGCAAGUCGGUCACCGUGUUCGUGCAGCUGAGGAGGAAGUCGGACAGUGAGACGAGCGAGGCGAAGCCGUUCAUCUACUACCCGCAGAAACAAGACAAGGAGGAGGUGGCCCGCAAGCGGCAGAAGACGCUGCCGCACUUCUCGGACCACUUGGGCGGCGGCGGCAUGGGUGGCGGCAUGGGUGGUGGCAUGGGCGGUGGCAUGGGCGGUGGCAUGGGCUCCACCUCCAUGGCUCCUGGCACUAGCGGGGGCGCCACCGAGUUUUUCGGUGGCCCGAGCAUGGAGGGCCCGACGGGAGGCUCCUACAGCACGUUGGGCGGCGGCGGUGGCGGCAGUAUGUGGAGCCACGGCAGCCACUCCGACUUUAGCGGUGGAUUCAACUUUCAAACAAACGCCAUGAACAUGAACUUCUCUGAGCUCACUCUGCCAGGUCUGGCACCUCCUCAUCAGCAAGAUAUUGCUGGUAUCAACUACGCUUACCAGGGUCUUGAAUUUGACGGCUCCGGUGGCGUUCAAGGUUCAGACGGGAUGGAAGCUUUCGAGAUUAUCAAGCGCCCGGACGAGGAGGACAGCGACAGUGACAGCGACGACGACCACCUGGAAACGGACGCGGCGAUGGAGGAGAUGCGGCCGACCGUGCACGCCUUCCCGGUGGCGUCGCCGUUGAUCAAGGGACGCGAGCGGCCCGGGUUCGUUCCGCUCAAGCCGGCUCACGUGGGCGGCCAGAGUCCCAAGAAGGUCCCCUUCGUCCGCGAGUCCCCGCAGCCCACGAGGAAGCCUGCAGAAGCUCAGACACCGAAGGUCACCGUGGGGAAGCUGGUCAAGGACUCAGCCGUGCAGACCCCUGGCAGGCAUCUCGAAGCGUCCCUGCUGCUUCUAGCCGAGCGCACGGCGAAGGCGCAGAAGGACUUUGCGAUAACGGCCGACGUGCGCAUGCUGCUCGCCCCGCAGCGCCACCUCACGGGUGUGCAGGACGACAACGGGGAUGCACCUCUACACCUGGCUGUGAUCCACCAGAGACAACUCGUGGUGCAACAGCUCCUGCAGGUCAUUGUGACCAUCCCUCACCAGAAUAUCGUCAACCUGCCCAAUGACCUCAAGCAGACUCCGCUGCACCUCUCCGUGAUCACGCGGCAGUCCGAGGUGACCCAAAUACUGCUGCGCUCGGGCGCCGACCCCAUGGUGCCCGACCGCCACGGGAAUCUCGUGGUGCACACGGCCGUGGCCAAUAACGACGAGAACACGCUCCGCAUCCUCAUCGAGUGGAGUGGCGAAGCGGCCGACAGGCUGGUGGACAGCGUCAACUACGAAGGCUACUACCCCGUGCACGUGGCUGUGAUGGCCAACAGUUUGGCGUGCCUCAAGAUGCUGGUGAACGCUGGAGCGGAUGUCAACCGGCCGGAGCAGACGUAUGGACGCACGGCGCUUCACAUUGCCGUGGAAGCAGAUAACCUGAGUCUUGCCGCUUACCUCGCUGACCAGCACCAGACGGAGGUGGAUACGGUGACGUACGACGGCAACACGCCGCUGCACUUGGCGACGGGGCGCAGAUUGACGGCCAUGGUGGCGCUGCUGGUGCAAGCGGGUGCCGACGUGCACGCCGAGAACUUCGAGGCGCCCACGGACGCUAACGGGUUCGACUACGACUCUGAUGACGAGGAGGAGGGCGACAGCGAGUGCGCGGAGAGCGACUCGGGCAUCGCACGCGGCACCACCCCGCUCCAUCUUGCCGCCGGCAACAAGGAGGUGUACGAUAUCUUGUGUGGAAAACGGUACGAGUCGAGAAAACCGCCCAUCGUCCCGGCUGCAGAUCUGCGGGCAGUGCAGAGCACCGACAGCAUAUGUGACAGUGGAUUGACGGCCUCCAUCAUGCACCUCAGCCUACAAGGCUCCGAGCUGGACUCUGCGUCUCUGCGCUCCGCUGCCACCAAUCUCGCCGCCACCCACGUCCGCCCCGCUGACAGGAAAAGCCUGCAGUGACAAGGCCCCCAUCUCUGCCGGCCCGCAAGGGCGAGACAACACUCACCCCCAGGCUUUUCCUGUCGUAGCGUUCUGUGGACGGCCCGCCUUCAUGCUCGUAGAACAACAUCUUCACAGAGUGGCGUCCGGUCGUGCACGUCGAGCGCUCUCGUGCGAAUUCAGCAGCUCUGUUACAACGGUGAAAAAGCGCAACAUUUUCUGCACGCCGCGUUGGGAAUGGUGGUUCCCACGCUAUCCACUCAAUUCCAUGCGAGCCGGUUCAGAUUACCGAUCGUGCAGCAACAUUAACAGCAAAGACACAGGCAUUGACCUGAAUACAUACGAAGUGGCAUCUCGCGUUCAAGGAGUGAGGGGGUUGAAUCGAUCGUCGACAAAAUACAAUUCUUGCAAUGACAAUUCAGAGCCAGUAUGCAAGCAGACAAGGUGCUCAUGGAGCAAUUGUGGACCAAUUCCAACCUGAAACCGGCCUGAAUGGAAAUGAGAGGGGCAGUAUGGAAUGGAUGGUGGAAGGCAAAGCUGAAAGGGACUUGAGGUUCAAUGCAUGUAUGAAUGUUUGUUGAACUUCUUUCGCACCGUACGUAGCCAACAGUGGCAAUCGGCGAUGCAUGGGAAGGACAGCAAACUAGAUUUAAAAGUGCAUAGCUCCAGUGGCUUCAUAAUAUCGGAAUGAAGAGCGUUCCAGCCGGCCGCAGUUGCGCAUCUGAAAAUGCAUUUUUCAGAAAUAUAAGGAUAAGGAUUGUUGAUGUACAUAAAACAGUGUUCAAUAUGAUAUAUUUACAUAAUGCCUCUCUUAAAUACAGCAAGUAGUUAGAAUAAUUGGGUUUCAUUAGCUGUAUAAUUGGCUAUACAUGUGUUUUUAUGUCCUGUAAUAUAUAUAUUUUUUAAAGUUUGAAAUGAAAAUCAUGUUUCAUUAAGUUGUGAGCUUCAAGGGCUCAUGAUAAAAAAAAAACUUGUAUCAAUUACUAUUCUGUAGCAUGAUUUGUUAAUGUCUUUCUUGUUUUAUUAACUAUAAUUGAAAGUGAGAUAAAUGUGGAUCAGCCUAUUAACACGUAUGAAGCAUUUAGUUCCAUCAACAUAUAACUAGGUACACAUCAGUGUAUGCUAUGUAACAAUCCCACAAUGUCGCAAAACUGGUCAUCUGAGUGAUGUUAUGAUUUCGUGCAUAAACUUUAUCAUUUGUUAUAUCCGCUCUCGUCUUUGUCAUCCCAAUUGGUAAAAAAUUAACCCGUAAAAACAAAGUUUUUCACUAUAAAUCCUUCAUAUGCGUGGCGGCUAGAGUCCUCUCGUCCUCUGGCUUGAGAUGGCUGCCACCUAUGGGUCAGACGAUUGCAUGGCACCAUUAGGCAAUUGGUAAUUAAAUAUUAUAUUUUUGUCCUAAAAAGUGUAAAAUUUUGGAAAAAAUUUUCACGAACAUUAAUUGUCACGCACAAACGAGUCUGUGUGGAAAAUGUCAGCUCGAUUGGAUCACGGGAAGUGGGUUAAAAAACGACCGAAAGAUUUGCACGGUCGUAAGCAAGCAAGCAAGCGCGCAAGUGAACUUAAUAUAAAGGAUUUAAAAAGAAAAGGAAAAGUUUUCAUGACAUUGAUUUUCUUUUAUUUGGAUGCAUCCAAGAGGACGCCUCCCCCAGUCAGCCCGCGUGGCGGUGAACUCUUCCGCGGGAUCGUUAGAGGCAGUGGUGGCUUUGGAAGGCUUUUGUUCUAUUUCGAAUUUCGUGUGGUACAGAGGGUUAUUUCACGUGGUGAUAUUUCUCUGUAAAGUUCCUAUUAAUUAAAGGUGUUUUAUUUU